GGAAAUGUAGCAAAUUCUUGACCCGGAAGCUAUUAGGCAGGCGCGAAGGGAAAUAUGGCGGGCAUGAACAUUCUCAAUAAUAAACUUGACGCCUACAAGUGUACAGCUAAUGAAGCUAUUCAACUCAAACUAGUCCGAGAUGAGUCAGAUGUUGAAGAUUGUAAAAAGACAUUUUACCCUGAGAUGACACAUCAGUUGUUUGGAGAGCAGGAAAGUAUUUUUGGUUACAAAGACCUUACAGUGCAGAUGUUCUACAGUGCGGCGAAGCUGAACACGUACAUCAACAUGAAAUAUUCAGACAAGAUCUCGAAAGACAAGUUUUUCGAUUCAGGAAUUUCAUUACCGGAGGCAGAUAAUGUUUUGGCAACUAUCACGAAGCACGUUCCACCUGGCUUUACAUCGAACUUGGACGAUUUUCUCACAUCUUUGGCAGAUGAUGCCGAUUUCAAACCAUUUGGAGCAAAACUUCAUUCCUACACAGUACACAAAGAUGGUACGGAGCGGGAAUUUGAAAUCUACAAAACAGACAUUGAGUGUCCAGGUUUCCGAGCGUAUCAUGAACGUCUGCAGACAUUUAUUCUUUUCUACAUCGACGCAGCCUCGUUUAUAGAUGUCGAUGAUGACAGAUGGCACUAUUACCUUCUGUUUGAAAAAUACAAGUCGAAUGGAAAUCCGAUGUACGCCAUCGUUGGGUAUAUGACUGUAUAUAAUUAUUACGCUUACCCAGAGAAAAUCCGACCAAGAAUAAGUCAAGUAUUAAUCCUGCCCCCAUUUCAGAAGCAAGGUCAUGGUGCCCAGCUUCUUCAAACGUUCUACAAUGACUGCUACACGAGAUCUGAGGUUUUAGAUAUUACAGUCGAAGAUCCAUCAGAAAACUUUCAGCGGUUACGAGACUUCGUCGACACAAACAACUGUAUCAAACUCCGCUACUUCCAGACGGAUUAUUUAUACGAGGGUUUUUCAGAAGAUAUGGUUCGGGAAGCUCAGGACAAACUGAAGCUCAGCAAGAGGCAGGCUCGUCGGGUGUACGAGAUCCUCCGGUUAAAAGUAACGGAUGAAAAGAACAAGGAACUGUUCCGUCGAUUUAGACUGGAAGUCAAAAAGAGGCUGAACGCACCAUUUCAGAAAAAUGGUCGUGACUUUCAGAAGUUGGAGAGAGCUUUGCAACCCGAGGAACUUUCCCAAACUCUUGGUUGCAUGUCGACGGAACAACGGAUCACAUUUCUGGAACUGUCGUUCGAGGAGCUGAUGGAACAUUAUCGCCAUGUGCUCGACAGAAUAUCUAUAACCUAGUAUGACGAACUACAGAAACCGAACCAUAUCAUGUGUUCUCAGAGAGCGAUUUACAAUAACAAUUUGGUUCUUUUGUAUUUAUGGUGAAUGCAAGAAUUGUAGUCGCUGAAAACAUUUUCAGAAUGUUCAAAUGUGAUUGUUGUUGAAGACAAAAAUUGUGGCCUCUUGAGAAUUUUUGAAAAUAUUCAGAUGUGAUCUAUUGGUUAAUACAAGAGUUGUUAUCACUAAAAAAAAAUUCAAAAUAUUUGAAUAUGAUAUAUGGUGAAUAACCAAACUUGUCAGUCAAAAUGUUUUCAAAAUAUCUUGACAUAAUUUAAUUUGUAAUGAAAACAAGAAUUGUAACCACUCAAAACAUUUUCAAAAUAUACUAAUGGGAUGAAAUGAGGGAAGACACAUUGUAUUUGACACCGAAUUUCAAUUCGCUUUUAUAGUCGUUAUUGAUGUAUAAAAUAGAGAGAUGGAAUUGAAUGCCAGGAACUCGGUUACAGGUUCUGGUAGUCGAUAUAUGGGGCGGGACAUAGCCCAAUGAUAAAGCGCUGUCUGUUUAGGAUCAAUUCUAGUUAGUGAGCCCAUUGGGCUAUUUCUCGUUCUAGCCAGUGCACCACGACUGUAUAUCAAAGACCGUGAUAUGUGCUAUUCUGUCUGUGGAAUGGUGCAUAUUAUUGAUCCUUUGCUACUAAUGGGGAAAAUGUAGCGGGUUUCCUGUCUAGGGCAAUAUGUCAAAAUUACCAAAUAUUUGACAUCCAAUAACAGAUGAUUAUAAAUCAGUGUGCUCUAGUGGUGUUGUUAAACAUUACAAACUUUUCGUAAAUAAUAUUUGCUAUUAUUAUUUAUGUGUUGCCUUAUUUCUUUCCCUCAUUAUAUUUAAUUCAAUGCGAUUUAUGUAGAAAACAAAAAGUGAAGUCAUUGAAAACAUCUUCAAAAUAUUUGACGUAUGUGACUUAUGGUGAAUAUAAAAAUUAGUAAUCGCUAGAAUUAUAGGAAAAAGUGUUCAAAAUAUUUAACUUACCCGGUAAAUCAAUCAAAACCUGUUUAAAUUUUUUGAGUAAAUAUGAUAUAUGAUGGAUAAAAGAAUUGCUUCCACUUGAUAUACUUGUAGUAUUUGUCAUUUCUUAUCGAAACCUAGCUGCAAAUUGGUGCGAGGACCAGCUAAAAACAAUGUUACUAAAAUCAAAUAAGUUAAAUCUUGUUAUAGUAAUAAAGACAUUUUGAAACCG